AUGCCGACUUACGAGGAUUCUGACUUCGGUGUUGAUACCCCCCUCAGCCCUACCUCAGUCAAGCCUAACGGUCAGAGCCUCCCCCAAGGCUCCCCUUCUCAGAACCUCCCUAUUCCUGGCGAUGAUGGCGAGGGCCCCAUCGAGGUUCCUGCCACCAGGAAUUCGGUGUCCGAGGCUGCCAAGUACAUGCACAACCUGAGUGUAUCUCCCUCGAUGAAGGAGCGACGGGGUUCGCGUAACUCCUUCGGCGCAUCUCUGCCCAUCCCCCGAUCCAAGAGGCAGUCGAGACUAUCAUCAGUCCACUACCCCGAGGGCACUACCGCUGAUGGCCGUCCCGCCCGACCGGGCAUGCCCCCGAUCCAGCCUACUCGGGAACUGCUAGCAUCUCAGAUUCAGGAUGUCGAGUCCGACAAGGUCAAGAAGGCCAAGAACAUGGCCUUUGCCUUCGAUAUCGACGGUGUCUUGGUCCACGGUGACCGCCUGAUUCCGGAGGGAAAGCGUGCCCUCGAGAUCUUGAACGGUGACAACGAGCUCGGCAUCAAGAUCCCCCACAUCUUCCUUACCAACGGCUCUGGCAAGCCUGAAAAGGCUCGUUGUGAACAGCUGUCCAAGAUCCUCCACAACCCCGUGUCGACGGAACAGUUCAUCCAGUCUCACACGCCAAUGAGCGCCCUGGCUGAGUACUACAACACCGUCCUGGUUGUCGGUGGAGAAGGCUUCAAGUGUCGUGAAGUUGCCGAGCUCUACGGCUUCAAGGACAUUGUUGUCCCCAACGACAUUGUCGCCUGGGACGAGACCAUUGCUCCUUACCGACACUUCUCGCCAUGGGAGCGAGCUUCGGCUAAGCCCCGUGACUUCUCAAAGUGCAACAUUGAGGCCAUUCUUGUCUUCUCAGACUCCCGAGACUACGCUACCGAUAUGCAAAUCAUCAUGGAUCUGCUUCGCAGCGAGAACGGCCGCCUUGGCACAAUUGCAAAGGACCCUGUCACCUCGCGCAUUCCCAUCUACUUCUCUCAGGGUGACAUGCUUUGCCCUACGGAGCACUGGACUCCCCGUAUGUCCCAGGGUACCUUCCGCAUUGGGCUGGAGGCCAUGUACAAGGCAUUGACUGGCGCCGAUCUUGAGCGUGUCGUGUACGGCAAGCCCGAGGCUGCCACCUACAAGUACGCCGACGAGAUCAUGACCUCGUGGAUGGAGCAGCUCCACGGUGAGGAGAAGCUUCCCGAGAACAUCUACAUGGUCGGUGACAACCCGGCUUCCGACAUUGUCGGAGGUAACAUGUACGGCUGGAACACCUGCUUGGUCCGCACUGGUGUGUUCCAGGGAGGCGAGAACGACGAGCAGAACCCGGCCAACUUCGGUGUUUUCCCCAACGUCCUCGAGGCUGUCCAGACUGCCCUCAAGAAGCAAUUGGGCAGCGACUUCAAGAUGCACUUCGACGAGACCAUCAACCCCGUCCUCCACGGCGAGAAGCAUGACGCUGCGGCGAUCAUCUAA